UUUUUCCACAAAAAAAUAUCAAACGUUAGAAUCACGUUAAACUCAUAGCAUAGGUAAUAUCAAGGAAAUAUACUUAAGGUUUUUAAAGCAUUUUCAUUAAUGUGCCAAAAAUCAAUAGAGAAUAUCGUAUGUGAUCAUGUGACUGACUUUUUCACUGCAAAAAUGAAAACCCAAAGAACCGUUUAAAGCUUUAAUUUUUUCAUUAAUUUUAUGCCAAUUUUGAUUUCAUGCGCGAUACAUGCAUCCGGUAACACUGACGCAACGGAUUUACGACGGCGCACACUCCGCACGACGCUUGCGGAAUCGACGUAAAACAACGAAGCAAACGCAAUUUUUGUGACAUUAUUUUACUAUUUACUUAUGUACGUCUAAAAAUAUCUCAGAACCUAAGAAAGUAAAAAAAUAAAUUCUUUUGGUACCUAUAAUGUAGACUAACGUAUAUUUUUAAGGCUAUUUCCGUAAUAAAACGUUCGAUUAAUAAAGGGUUCGAUUACGCACAUCCUCAUGUUAUAUUUCAAUCACAGAGUCGAAUCCCCAAAUCGCGCCUACGGCGGAUAGUUUUGCUGUGACUUUUCCUCAUAAGGUAGCACGUAGCACUAGCCUUACCUUGAUAAGGAGACUAAGCGGUGACUAUUGUUGCAGGGUAGUGUGUGAGGUGAUCGUGAUGGGUGUCAGCCUGCGCGGCGGCGGCGGGUAGCGGCAUGGACGCGCCGGCGCACGCGGCCGCCGACGCCGAGUUCGCGGCGCUGGUGCGCGACUUCAGCGACUACUUCUACAGCAACGCCAGCUACAACGAGCCCAACAUCAGCGCCACCAACUGCUCCUGGGCCUGGAACAGCUCGUGGUGCGGCGGGGCGCCCGAGGCCUCCACGGGGCGGCCGUGGGCGCUGCUGCUGCUGGUGUUCCCCGCGCUGACGCUGUUCGGCAACGUGCUGGUGAUCGCGGCGGUGCGGCGCGAGCGCGCGCUGCGCAGCGCGACCAACUACUUCAUCGUGUCGCUGGCGCUCGCCGACCUGCUCGUUGCGGUCGUCGUGAUGCCUUUCGGCGUUUACUAUCUGGUAAACGGGUCGUGGGGCCUCCCCGCGUUCGUGUGCGACAUCUACAUCGCCAUGGACGUCACUUCCUCGACGUCCAGCAUAUUCAACCUCGUCGCCAUUUCUAUCGAUAGGUACAUAGCAGUAACGCAACCAAUAAAAUACGCAAAACACAAGAACAACCGUCGCGUCUGGUUCACCAUCGUGCUUGUGUGGCUGAUCUCGGCCGCCAUCGGCACGCCCGUGGUGCUGGGGCUCAACGACACGCCGGACAGGAACUACGGCGAGUGCCUGUUCAACAGCCAGAACUACGUCAUCUACUCCUCGCUCGGCUCCUUCUACAUCCCCUGCAUCAUGAUGAUGUUCUUGUAUUAUAGUAUUUUUAAGGCAUUAAGGAUAAGAGCUCGGAAGCAACGAGCGGCGAAGAAACCUCCCGUGCCAGAAGGCAGCCAAGCCGUCGUCAUUGAAAACGUGGCGCAGACAAGAAGGCUGGCUGAAACUGCCUUGGACGCAGCCACCAACACUGGCUCCGGUAGCAACGAGGAUGACCAUGACAGCUUCGAUAAGCGUUCCGUAGAGUUGGAAGACGCGGAGGACUGCCAUGUCAUCCCUAACGACAAGUCCACGGAAUUCAUGCUCGCAGCUCGAGAGGAUCUACCUAAGGUUCUGCUGAAGUCGAAGCUGAAAUCCGAUCCAAACGGCAACAACGACAGCGGUUACGCGCCAUCUAGCGUCGAGCCUGUUUCAUCCCCACCCAAUUCUCCCGCUCCCGUCACCAGCAAGAAUGGAGGGAUCGAGGAGUCCAGAAAUGCAUCACUAGCAAUACGCUCCGAAGACGAACCGGACACAGUGAGCCAGUUCGGCGAUUGCAAGAAGGAGCGGAAAGCCAGUGCCGCCACGGCGAGGUUCACCAUCUACAAGGCCAACAAGGCCAGCAAGAAGAAGCGGGAGAAGUCGUCGGCUAAGAAAGAGAGGAAGGCUACUAAGACCUUAGCCAUCGUAUUAGGCGUGUUCCUGUUUUGCUGGGCGCCCUUCUUCACCUGCUCAGUCCUCGACGCCGUCUGCUUCAAGCUGGGACUCCCCUACAGCCCCGGUGUCACCGUCUUCAUGCUGACCACCUGGCUCGGCUACAUCAACUCUUUCCUCAACCCCGUCAUCUACACCAUCUUCAAUCCCGAGUUCAGAAAGGCCUUCCGCAAAAUCCUGCAUUGCGGCACCUAGCCCAUAGAUUAUUUGGUCGUCUUCACGCAAUAGGUCUCCAAGGUUUAAGAUGAAGCUUGACUCGAAAUUUAUAGCGGAGCGUCU